AGGGUAAAUAUCUUUUUUGUAUGAAUGCAAGCAAAUUAGAGAUGCAUUUUCUAAUAAAGGAUGAAAAAGGGAAAAACGUAAAAAUUUUAAACAAAAUAUUCUACUACUAAAACUUCAGAUUUUUCAACAUUUCUUUGCAAAAAGUCGUUUGCUGCGCCUCUUCUUUUUUCCUUCGCCACCCCUAAUUUCUCUUCUCUUCGUCUCCUUAAUCUCUGAUUUUUUUCCUAUUUACUAUUGAAAUCCCAUGGUCGAUGCUUCAUCUUUUGUCAGAAAACUGAAAUAGAGUGUAGGCUUUAGGGAUUGCAGGAGCAGCAGUAGCUAUUAGGGUUUUAAUUUGGCUAUUUGUAUGUAUGUAGAUUUCACCCUGGGAUUUAAAUUUAAGAGUAAGCUAGCUUGUUAGACUCAUGUUCUUAUAGUGAAUUUUGAAAGCUAGUGCAGCUCCUCCCUCAACUCCUUUUUAAUUUAUACAAUCAUUUCCAAAAGUCCCUACUUCAAGUUCAAGCACAAGUUGGAGUUAGUGAGACUGCAGUGCAGCAAACUGUAGUGGCGGGUGUAUGGAAAUUUAGUACAUCAACCAAAAAAGGAGAAAAAUGUCGGGAUCUGAGACGGGAGUGAUGACGAGUAGAGAAGCCUACAGUAUGGGCGUGCAACAGAAGAGUCCGGUACCAUCACAGCCGGUGAUACAGAACAUGCGUUUAGCCUUUAGUCCUGACGGAACAGCUGUGUACAAGCCCAUCACUGUCUCCUCACCCACAUACCAGCCGGCCUCCAGCUAUGGUGGGGCCGAGGGGUCCACAGGUGGGCCCCCGGUGACCCAAGCUCAAGCUCUGAACAUGAGCAUGGGGAUGGGGAACGAGCCUAUGAAGAGGAAGAGAGGGAGGCCCAGAAAGUAUGGACCUGAUGGGACCAUGCCUCUGGCUCUUGUACCAGCUCCUUCCACUGUCAGUGUAACCCAAUCAAAUAGUGGAGGAUUCCCUUCACCUCCACCGCCUUCAGGAGGAUCAGCCACUUCACCAACUUCAAUGAAGAAAGCUAGGGGAAGACCUCCUGGUUCCGGCAAGAAGCAACAACUUGAAGCUCUGGGAUCAGCAGGAGUUGGGUUUACACCCCACGUUAUCACUGUUAAAGCUGGAGAGGAUGUAUCGUCAAAAAUAAUGUCAUUUUCUCAGCACGGUCCCAGAGCUGUUUGUAUCCUGUCAGCAAAUGGAGCCAUAUCAAAUGUUACUCUUCGCCAACCAGCAACAUCUGGCGGGACUGUAACUUAUGAGGGGCGAUUUGAAAUUGUGUCACUUUCUGGUUCAUUUCUUCUGUCUGAAAAUGGUGGUCAGCGGAGCAGAACUGGAGGGUUAAGUGUGUCAUUGUCUGGCCCAGAUGGUCGUGUUUUAGGUGGCGGUGUAGCUGGCCUUCUAAUGGCUGCAUCCCCUGUUCAGGUGGUUGUGGGUAGUUUUAUUGCAGACGGUCGGAAGGAACCGAAGUCAGCAAACCAGAUGGAACCUCUAUCUGCCCCACCAAAGCUUGCUACAGGUGGUGUGCCAACGGGAGCUAUCAGCCCACCAUCACGUGGUACUCUAAGUGAAUCCUCAGGUGGGCCCGGUAGCCCACUUAAUCAGAGCACAGUAGCCUGCAAUAACAAUAACCCACAACAAGGCAUGUCAAACUUGCCAUGGAAGUAAAUGCUUCUUAACUUUGUAGUCUUGAGCUAAUACCGUAGUAGGCAUGGGCUGUUGUGUUGAGUUAGUAUUCAAGCAUAGGCAGGAAUGAUUUGUGUAAGAGAAGUAGCAUAAGAGUACAGCCAGGAUGCCUUAUCGUGUGACCUGAUUGCUCGAUACCUAGAAUGGGCUGAGGAGUGGUCUUGCACUUGUAAGGUGCUGUUAGAAGUUAGAAAGGAAGCCCAUUUUUUUAGUUGCUUCAGACGGAGAUGGUGAGUUUGAGUUUUUACUUCCCUUUGUCUUUGUUGUAUUUACUUAUUUUGUUAGUGGAAUUCAUCUGUUUCACUAUCCAUCAAGGUGAUAUUGAUCUAGUUGAGUUCAGCUGGAUUUUACUAUUAUACUGCAUCCAUUUGCAUUUCUGUAAAACAAGUAGGUCUUCCUAUUUGUGAAUAGUGAUGACCAUCUUUAACCCCCAAAAAAAAAAAAAAAAAAUUAUGAUGACUAUCCAAAAUAUUUAACCAAGUAGCAGAAUGCAGACUCGCGCGACAUACAAUCAAACAGUAAUCCAAUGCUCCCCGUCUCUUUAUCUUCGAGAAUUACUAGAAAAUUAUUAUUCCCCCUUUCCGCCCAUGUCAGCAAGGUUUCAAGAAAACAAUAGGAGAAUUCACCAGUUGAAAGUCUCUGCCUUAUCUCAGCAAUCACCCCUGUCACGCCUAUGUUAAGAAGUG